UUAACAUUAUGUAUUGACACAGUCGAGAAAAUAAACCAUUACUAUGAGACGGGCGAAGAAGUUGACAUCAUCUAUUGACAUUCCUUUCACGGGUACUUUUUUUUUUAAUAACACAUAUUCCGUGUGCGUGUCUCCAUCGUAUAUCCACAUGUUCUCCACCCCUUCCUCAUAAUCCAAAAUGUAUAAAUACACUCGACACAUUCGUCUACUACAACAAACUACAAACUACCAACAAAUACAAAAUUCAUCAAUAAUACUCAGUACGCCAGAUUCAAUUAAUCAAAAUUCAAAAGCUGAAAUUUUACUUCGACCAACAACAACGAUGAAUAACUCGAGUUCGUGCUCCUCAGUCAGGAUGGAAGCAUCCGAUGAACAAAGUUUUUUAUUAGCAUCGAGCAAACCGAAGAAGAAUGCGGGGAGAAAGAAGUUCAAGGAAACACGCCACCCGAUUUAUCGAGGAGUGAGGAGGAGGAACAAUGACAAGUGGGUUUGCGAAGUGCGCGAGCCGAGUGAACAAAAGCGAAUAUGGUUGGGUAGUUACCUAACCGCAGAAAUGGCAGCGCGCGCUCAUGACGUAGCUGCAUUGGCUCUAAGAGGACAGUUAGCCACUCUUAAUUUCGCGGACUCCGCUUGGCUGUUGCAAGUGCCCGUGUCGAAUGACCCCAAGGAGUUACGCCAAGCGGCUGCUAGAGCUGCAGAGGCGUUUGGGCCAAGAGGAAAUAGUAAUAUUAACGUUGAUGUUGAUAUUGGUGAUGAGGAAAUGAAGGAGGUAGAACCACAAGAUAAUGUCGUAGAUAAUUAUAACGUGGUGGUUGAAGAAAAUGGUAGUAAUGUUAUGUAUAGCAGCUCAUGUGGGAUAGAGGAAUGGCAGGCAAACAUGGAACAAGGAUGUAUGUUUUCACCAAAUCCAUGCUUAUAUGGAAGUCAUUUUAGCUGGGAUGAGGACGUGGAAAGUGAUGUUGAGGUGUCCUUGUGGAAUUAUUCUCUUUGAUCUUCAUCUAUCUAUAUUCUAUAAUCAUGGAACAUUUUUUGCCGCUUUUAGUAGGCAAUGUAUUUUUACAAUAUAAAAGGGCGGUUUCGACGCGCCUUCAAUUUUAUUUUAUUGAAUGUUUA